AUGAUGUGCGAGGUGAUGCCAACCAUCAGUGAGGCGGAAGGGCCCCCAGGAGGCAGCGGGAGCCAGGGGUCUGGCUCCCCGUCCCAGUCGGAUGCGGACUCCCAUUUUGAACAGUUGAUGGUCUCCAUGCUGGAAGAACGGGACCGUCUUCUGGACACAUUGAGGGAAACUCAGGAAACGCUGGCCCUUACCCAGGGCAAGCUCCACGAGGUGGGGCACGAGCGAGACUCCUUGCAGAGGCAGCUCAACACUGCACUUCCGCAGGAGUUUGCAGCACUUACGAAAGAGCUCAAUGUGUGUCGGGAGCAGCUCCUCGAGAGAGAAGAAGAGAUUGCCGAGCUGAAAGCUGAGCGGAACAACACCAGGCUGCUGCUGGAGCAUCUGGAGUGCCUGGUGUCACGGCAUGAGCGGUCUCUCAGGAUGACGGUGGUGAAGAGACAGGCCCAGUCCCCAGCAGGGGUCUCCAGCGAAGUCGAAGUCCUCAAAGCGCUCAAGUCGCUGUUCGAGCACCACAAAGCCCUGGACGAGAAGGUGAGGGAGAGAUUACGAGUAGCACUUGAAAGGUGUAGUUUGUUAGAAGAAGAACUAGGUGCCACCCAUAAAGAGUUAAUGAUCCUUAAAGAACAGAAUAAUCAGAAAAAAACCCUAGCGGAUGGGCUGCUGGACAUGAACCACGAGCAGGGAAACACGCCGAGCACGAACGGAAAGAGGUCUUCUGACGGCUCCCUGAGCCACGAGGAGGACCUGGCCAAGGUGGUGGAGCUCCAGGACAUCAUAGACAAGCAGUCCCGAGAGCAGGGCCAGAUGAAGGAGCGGCUGGCCGCCCUGUCCAGCCGCGUCACCGAGCUGGAGGAGGACCUGGACACAGCGCGGAAGGACCUCAUCAAGUCUGAGGAAGUGAACACGAAGCUGCAGAGGGAUGUCCGCGAGGCCAUGGCCCAGAAGGAGGACAUGGAGGAGAGAAUCACCACCCUUGAAAAGCGCUACCUCGCCGCACAGCGUGAAGCCACAUCUGUGCACGACCUCAACGACAAGCUGGAAAACGAGAUUGCGAACAAGGACUCCAUGCAUCGGCAGACCGAGGACCGGAACCGACAGCUGCAGGAGCGCCUGGAGCUGGCGGAGCAGAAGCUGCAGCAGACCCUGCGGAAGGCGGAGACCUUGCCCGAGGUGGAGGCGGAGCUGGCCCAGAGGGUGGCCGCACUCUCCAAGGCGGAAGAGAGGCACGGCAACAUCGAGGAGCGGCUGCGGCAGAUGGAGGUGCAGCUGGAGGAGAAGAACCAGGAGCUGCAGCGGGCGCGGCAAAGAGAGAAAAUGAACGAAGAACAUAAUAAACGCUUAUCAGACACUGUGGACAAGCUCCUCUCAGAAUCUAAUGAGAGGCUUCAGCUUCACCUCAAAGAGAGAAUGGCUGCUCUGGAAGACAAGAAUUCUCUGUUACGAGAAGUUGAAAAUGCAAAAAAGCAGCUAGAAGAAACGCAGCAUGACAAGGAACAGCUGGUACUGAACAUAGAGGCUCUGCGGACUGAACUAGACCAGAUGAGGCUGAGAGGGGCCCCCCUUCAUCACGGCCGGCCGCACUUGGGCAGCGUCCCUGACUUCAGGUUCCCUGUGGCCGACAGUCACACAGAUGCUUACGGCGCGGGCUCCGUGUUGCGCCGCACCCAGAAGGGCCGGCUGGCCGCUCUGCGAGAUGAGCCCUCCAAGGUACAAACGCUGAAUGAGCAGGACUGGGAACGCGCCCAGCAAGCUAGUGUCCUGGCAAAUGUCGCACAGGCCUUUGAGAGUGACGUGGACGUGUCUGACGGGGAGGAGGACAGAGACCCUCUCUUCAGCUCGGUUGAUCUCUUGUCACCCAGCGGACAGGCCGAUGCCCAGACCUUGGCAAUGAUGCUUCAGGAGCAGCUGGAUGCCAUCAACAAAGAGAUCAGGUUGAUCCAGGAGGAGAAGGAGAGCGCUGAGCAGCGGGCCGAGGAGAUCGAGAGCAGGGUCGGGAGCGGGAGCCUCGACAAUCUUGGUCGUUUUAGAUCAGUGAGCUCCAUCCCCCCGUACCCCGCCUCCUCGCUGGCCGGCUCCUCCCCUCCAGGCAGCGGCCGCUCCACCCCGAGGAGGAUUCCCCAGAGCCCUGCCCGCGAGGUGGACAGACUGGGCAUCAUGACCCUGCCUAGCGAUCUCAGGAAGCAUCGUAGAAAGCUGCCUGCUUCCAGAGAAGAGGUACGAGACGACAAGACAACGAUAAAAUGUGAAACAUCCCCGCCCUCCUCCCCUCGGUCCCUGCGGCUGGACAGGCUGCACAAAGGCGCCUUGUACACAGUCAGCCACGAGGACAUCAGGGACGUACGGAACUCCACAGGCUCCCAGGACGGGCACGUGAGCAACCCCAGCAGCAGCAACAGCAGCCAGGACUCGCUCCACAAAGCCCCCAAGAAGAAGGGGAUCAAGUCCUCCAUCGGCCGCUUGUUUGGGAAGAAGGAGAAGGGCCGGCCCGGCCAGACCGCCAGAGAAGGCCUGGGGCAAGCUGGCCUCUCAGAGACAGAAAAUGCCUCUCCAGACGCCCUGGGACUUAGCAAGUUGGGAGGACAGGCGGAGAAGAACCGUAAACUACAAAAGAAGCAUGAGCUGCUGGAGGAGGCCCGGAGGCAGGGCCUGCCCUUCGCCCAGUGGGACGGGCCCACUGUCGUCGUGUGGCUGGAGCUCUGGGUGGGGAUGCCAGCCUGGUAUGUGGCUGCGUGCCGGGCAAACGUGAAGAGUGGGGCCAUCAUGUCGGCUUUGUCGGACACUGAGAUCCAGCGUGAAAUCGGCAUCAGCAACCCCCUGCACAGGCUGAAGCUGAGGCUAGCCAUCCAGGAGAUCAUGUCACUGACCAGCCCGUCGGCCCCGCCCACCUCUAGGACGAGCACAGGAAAUGUCUGGUUAACGCACGAGGAGAUGGAAACUCUUACGGCCACACCACAAACGGAGGAUGAGGAGGGAAGCUGGGCGCAGACGCUCGCCUACGGGGACAUGAACCACGAGUGGAUCGGCAACGAGUGGCUGCCCAGCCUGGGCCUGCCGCAGUACCGCAGCUACUUCAUGGAGUGCCUUGUGGACGCCAGGAUGCUGGACCACCUGACCAAGAAGGACCUCCGGGGGCAGCUCAAGAUGGUGGACAGCUUCCACAGAAACAGUUUCCAGUGUGGAAUCAUGUGUCUGCGAAAGUUAAAUUACGACCGGAAAGAGCUGGAAAGAAAGAGGGAAGAAAGCCAGAACGAAGUAAAAGAUGUCCUUGUCUGGAGCAAUGAUCGGGUGAUCCGCUGGAUCCUGGCCAUCGGCCUUAAGGAGUAUGCGAACAAUCUCAUCGAGAGCGGCGUGCAUGGCGCGCUUGUGGCUUUAGACGAGACCUUCGACUUCAAUGCGCUGGCGCUGCUGCUGCAGAUCCCUACGCAGAACACGCAGGCUCGGGCGGUCUUGGAGAGAGAGUUCAACAACCUUUUGGUCAUGGGCACCGACAGGAGGUUCGACGAGGAUGAUGACAAAACCUUCCGGCGAGCCCCCUCCUGGAGGAAGAAGUUCAGACCGAAGGAUGUGCGAGGCCUAGCGGCUGGGUCAGCAGAGACGCUGCCUGCCAACUUCCGGGUCACGGCUUCCACGUCGUCACCCUCCAUGCAGCCAAAGAAGGUGCAGCUGGACGGCGAGGUGCCGGGGACGCAGAGGCUGGACUCGGCCACAGUGCGGACCUACUCCUGUUGA